AUGCCAAUGAUGAAUCCAUCUUGUUUGAAAUUGAUACAAACAAUAUUUCUCAUGUGUUUGGCGUUGCAAGCAGACCUUGUUUGUUCAAAAGAGGUUGUUAGGUGCAUACAAAGUGAGAGACAGGCACUCCUUAAAUUCAAGGCUGGCCUUAUUGAUGUGAAUGGCAUGUUGUCAUCUUGGACAACGGCAGAUUGCUGCCAAUGGUAUGGAAUUCGUUGCAGCAACCUCACUGGCCAUGUACUUAUGCUCGAUCUUCAUGGUGAUUAUAACAAGAAUGAAGAUCAAUUUUAUAUCGGAGGUGAUGUCGACAAGUCAGUGAUGGAGUUGAAGCAAUUAAAGUAUUUGAACUUCAGUGGGAAUUAUUUUAAAGGCAGUAAUAGUUUAGGUUUUUUUGGUUCUCUAAGAAACAUAAGAUACCUUGACCUUUCACGUUGUCGCUUUGGUGGAAAAAUUUCAAUUCAAUUUGAGUCUCUUCCGCAUUUGAAAUAUUUGAGUCUUUCCUCGAAUGAUCUCGAUGGUUUGAUUCCUCAUCAACUUGGAAAUCUCUCCAAUGUUCGAUUUAUUGAUCUAAGCAACAAUCAUUUAGAAGGAAGCAUUCCAUCUAAACUCGGAAAUCUCUCCAACUUGCAAUUUCUUGAUCUCAGCUACAAUCGUUUGGAAGGAAGCAUACCAUCCCAACUUGAAAAUCUCUCCAACUUGAAAUUUCUUCAUCUCAAAAACAAUGAUUUGGAAGGAAGGAUUCCAUCCCAACUUGGAAAUCUCUCCAACUUGCAAUUUCUUGAUCUCUUUGGAAAUUCUUUAAAAGGAAAAAUACCAUAUCAACUUGGAAAGCUUACAAACCUACAAGAUCUUUAUCUUGGAGGAGGAUAUGGUGAUAGUACUCUGAUAAUUGACAACGAGGAUCACAGUGGAGGUAAGUGGUUGUUGAAUCUAACUUCUUUAACCCAUCUUCAGAUGUUGUCAAUAUCUAAUCUUGAUAGAUUUAAUAGUUGGUUGCAAUUGGUUGGUAAGCUACCAAAACUGAAAGAACUAAGUUUAGAAAGUUGUGGUCUUUCUGAUCAUAUUACUCUUUCAUCGAGUCCUUUAAAUCUUAACUUUUCCAGUUCUCUCUCUAUCCUUGACCUCUCUCGGAACAACUUUGUGUCAUUCAGUAUUUUUGAGUGGGUGUCGAAAAUUAGUCCCAAUCUUACUCAUCUUGACCUUAGGGGUAAUCAGUUGGUUAAUCCCACACCAAAAUAUUUUGCCACGAAAAUGAUUAGCAGGCUUCCAAAUUUGAGAGAACUAAUAUUAUAUGAUAACAUGUUCACAUCAUUCAUGGUAUUCCAGUGGCUUUCAAACAUAAGUUCCAAUCUUGUUAAGCUUGACCUUUCCAACAACCUCUUGGAGGAUUCUCCAUCAUAUGACUAUGACAUAGUUAUGAGGUCUCUUGAGGAACUUGACCUAUCACAAAAUAGUUUGAAGGGUGGGAUGUUUAAAUCCAUCAGAAAUAUAUGCACCUUACGUUCUUUAGAUCUGAAUUUAAACAAUUUCACCCAAGGCCUUCAAUCAAUUAUUCAUGAUUUGUCUAGUGGUUGUGUUAGAAACUCACUUCAAUGGUUAAAUCUUUAUUCUAGUAAAAUCACUGGAACUGUACCUGAUCUUUCUAUGUUCACAUCAUUAAAAUUUUUGGAUCUUUCUAAUAAUCUACUGAGUGGAAAGAUUCCUGAAGGUAGUAGCUUGCCAUGUCAAAUGGAAGAUUUUUCCAUUGCAGCAAACUCUUUAGAUGGAAGAAUUCCAAAAUCGUUUUGGAUGAAUGCAUGUAAGUUGAAGUCAUUGGAUCUUACAAGCAAUAGUUUCAGUGAUGAGCUUCAAGUAAUAAUCCAUCAUUUAUCUAGAUGUGCUAGAUACUCACUCCAACAAUUAUAUUUGAGAUUUAAUCAAAUCAAUGGAACACUACCUGAUCUCUCAAUAUUCUCAUUCUUGGAAAUAUUUGAUAUUUCUAAAAAUAAGCUAAACGGGGAGAUACAUGAAGAUAUUCGGUUUCCAACUAAACUAAGGACACUACGGAUGGAUUCAAACUCUUUACAUGGUGUGAUCUCUGAAUUCCAUUUUUCUGGUAUGUCAAUGUUAAAGGAAUUAGACUUGUCUGACAAUUCACUAGUAUUGAGAUUUACCGAAAACUGGGUCCCGCCUUUUCAGUUGCAAACUAUAGGAUUGGGAUCUUGCAAACUUGGUCUUACAUUUCCAAAAUGGAUUCAGACACAAAAUCACUUUCAGGAUAUUGAUAUUUCUAAUUCUGGAAUUUCAGAUAAUGUUCCCGAGUGGUUUUGGGCUAAACUAUCAUCACAAGAGUGCAAGACAAUCAACAUUUCAUACAACAAUCUCAAAGGAUUAAUUCCGAAUCUUCAUGUAAAAAAUCAUUGUUCUUUUUUAUCUCUUGCAUCAAAUCAAUUUGAAGGCUCCAUUCCACCAUUUCUCAGAGGUUCUGUAUCUAUUGAUUUGUCCAAAAACAAAUUCUCUAACUCUAUUCAAUUUUUAUGUGAAAAUGGUAUAGAUGAAGCGUUAGGCCAGUUUGACCUUUCAAAUAAUCAAUUAUCUGGAAGAAUUCCAGAUUGUUGGAGAAAUUUCAAAUCAUUAGCUUAUGUAGAUUUGAGCCACAACAAUUUUUCAGGGAAAAUUCCUUCUUCAAUGGGAUCACUCGUAGAACUGCAAGCAUUAAUGUUGAGGAACAACAGUUUAAUGGAGGAUAUCCCUUUCUCCUUAAUGAACUGCACAAAGUUAGUAAUGCUGGAUUUGAGAGAAAAUGGAUUAGAAGGACUGAUCCCUUAUUGGAUUGGAAGUGAAUUAAAAGAGUUGCAAGUUUUAAGCUUACAAAGGAAUCACUUCUUUGGAAGUUUCCCCCUCGAACUUUGCUACCUACAAAACAUCCAACUCUUUGAUGUAUCAUUGAACAAUCUAUCUGGAGGGAUUCCCAAAUGCAUUCAAAAUUUCACUUCAAUGAGUGUUAAAGGUUCAUCACAAGGUUUUGCCAAUCAUCGGUAUGUUACCAACAAAGGAUUUACAGAAAUGGAUAUUCCAUAUGAAUUGAAUGCACUCUUAACAUGGAAAGGUGUAGAACAAGUGUUCAACAACAAUCAAUUGUUUCUUCUAAAAAGUGUAGAUCUCUCGAGCAAUCACUUUUCACAAGAGAUUCCACCUGAAAUAGCUAAUUUGAUUCAAUUGGUCUCAUUGAACUUAUCAAGAAAUAACUUCACAGGGAAAAUUCCUUCAAGAAUUGGAAAGCUAACAUCACUUGACUUUCUUGAUUUGUCUAGAAAUAAGUUGAUUGGUUCAAUUCCUUCUAGUCUUUCUCAAAUAGACCGGCUUGGUGUGUUAGAUUUGUCACAUAACCAAUUAUCUGGAGAGAUUCCAAAGAGUACACAACUACAAAGUUUCAAUGCCUCAAAUUACGAAGAUAAUCUUGAUCUUUGUGGACCACCACUUGUAAACUUGUGCGUCAAAGGGGAGCCACCACAUGAACCAAAUGGAAAAAUUCAAGACGAUGAAGAUUUGCUUCUCAAUCGUGGAUUUUACAUAAGCCUGACAUUUGGAUUUAUUAUAGGCUUUUGGGGAGUAUUUGGUUCAAUCCUAAUCAAGCGUUCUUGGCGACAUGCUUAUUUCAAGUUCUUGAACAAUUUAGUGGAUGAUAUUUACGUGAAAUGCAGAUGGUGGCUCAAAGAUUAA